AUGCGUGCACGCACACACGACACAGAGACAUGUUUAUUUUGUAUUAUCUGGAUCUUGUCCGUUGGCCUGCCGGUCACAACCUGUUUGCCAAGUGCAGGUGUGUGCGAGGGUUGGGGCCCCGAAGACAGCGUUUACUUCUCCAUCACUGCCCUGACAACAGUGGGCUACGGAGAUCUGGCACCUUCACACCCCGCCUCAAGGCUGUUCUUCAGCUUUGCAAUCCUCUUGGCUCUUGUGCUACUCGCUGCUAGAUUGAGUAGCUUUGUCCACGAGCUUGUCCAGAGGGAGACGGGUGCAGCAGCUGGGAGGUUGAACCAGCAGUUGAAGAUACGUUUGGGUGGAGCAUCGGACGAGGACAUUGACAUCUUUGACGAAGAAGGUGAGCGACGCCGCUUGAGAUCGAGAUUCAGACGGCAGUUGCAGCUGCUGACGAUGUACUUGCUCUUGAGCUCGUUCAUAUCAAAACGUGCUCUCGGGCUACCUAGUUCGUGGGAGGCCCUCUAUUUCAGCGUGGUGACUUUAACCACGAUCGGCCUUGGUGAUCUUGUUCCACAGACCCCGGAAGCGAAGUGGAUCAUUUCUCUGCUUUGCUUGGUAGGCGUUCCAAUCUUCGGCGCUACCUUGGCUGAGCUUGUGGCGCUGAUCUACGGAGAGCGACAGCGAGGCAUCAAGCAAAGGCUGCCGAACCUGACAGUUGCAAGGCUGCUGAAAAUGAGGAAGUUUUCGGAGGAGCUUCACAGUCGCGGAUUAUUGGAUAAGAAGGCGGAGAGUGAAUUUCGAAAGCUGGGAGAACACAGGAUUUCACAGUUUGAGUUUUGCUGCUUCCUCCUUGUCCAGAACGAAAUCAUCAGCAUGGAUGAUGUGGAGACCAUCUCGAAGAACUUCCUUCAGCUUGACUUAUCUGGUGACGGGGCGCUUUGGACGAAAGAUGCCCUCGCUUGGGAGCUGCAAAGGCUACUCCAGCCGAAGAAGAAAAAGCAGGACAGAAAGGAUCAGGACGAGAGCGACAUCUCACAGGCAGAGGCUGUGAAGCUUAGAAGUUCGCUGGAAGCCAUCGACAUGAAGACCGCAGGCUGCAUUGAGCUCGCCGAGCUUGAAGCAGCCCUUCAUAAGGUUGGUGUCGUCACAUCGGAAGGGUAUGUCAGGAGAUUCUUUUUGAAGCUGGAUCUCAAUCGUGAUGGCAAGAUCAGCUUUCAGGAAUACAAGGAGCUCAUUCGCAAGCUUUGCCGCAAAAGCCGUGCGCCUUCGGACUCUCUGGACCCCGAAGCGGAGAAUCUGGAGCCGCAACCAGGCCCGUGA